AUGGACUAUGAGCACAGUGAAUUCCUUGCACUUAGUAGUGCUUCAUCUAAUAGUCUUACUAACUUAAAUAAAACGGUCGAUAAAAUCACCGAUACCAAUAUUGACACCAAUGACAAAAUCAAUAAUAACAUCAGCAAUACCAACAACAACAUAGAAACCUGCAGUAGUCCAAUUGACAAUUCAAGUGAAAAUAUGACUGCAGCACCGCAAUUUAAUUUCAAUUCGCGCAGCUAUAGCAGCAGCAACAGCGAUGAGGUGUCGUCUGCAGCACCUCGCAAUGCCCUAUUCUCGUGUUCGACGCCGGUCUGUUUGAAAUUGACAACCCUACCGCAAUUUAUUCCCAUUGACUAUCAAGGUCAAGAGUCGUCGACUUCGACAUCAUCGAUGUCGUCGUCAUCGGGUUCGUCGUCGGUAAGAGCAGACAGCGGUGUUGGCAGUAGCAGCAGCAGCAUCGCUGGCGGCAGUAGUAAUAAUAAUCAUUUGCUAAUAACAACAACCACAACCACCACGGAGAACGUUAAUCCAGAUCCCGAUGGAAAAGGCGGCCAAGACCAGACCACCACAAAGACUACGACAACAACAACAACCACCGCGAUACCUGUUUCGGUGCCAGAUUUGGCCAAACUCGAUCUAACCUCCCCGAAUGGAAUCGUUUUCAAGAGUGGAGACCUUCGCAUGACGAUGAGUGAACUUGACAAGUUCGUUGAGUCAGCUGUAGCUGAGACACUUGCGGUUGUCGAAGGAAAAGACAAACCGAAACCAGGUCAUAAAGUUAAGACACCACCACCGGUGGGUGUCAAUUUGGGUGUCACUCUGAAGCGAGUCACACCUCCCAAAACUCAGAUAUCUGUCAAGAAUGGUCCCAUGUUGGGGGUGGUGUUGCGUAAGGUUGAGAAGAAAGUCGAACCUCAAAAGAGCAUCCUCGACGACGAUAAGCCACUUUAUCACCUGUCGAUAGUUCGCACUGGUGGCGAUAGUCCUACAAGGAGGCCUAAGCCAAAGCUAAAGCCGAAACUCCCAAAACCAGUGCCUCUGCAAAAAGUGGCGACAAUAGGUGCAAUUCCCAUAACGCGUCCGUCAACUACUGCCGCUGCUGCUGCAGGGAAAUCUUCUACCGCUGCUGCUGGUGGUGCCUCUGCUACUGCUGCUGCUAAGCCGCCUGUUGGUGCGACUGCCGCUAAACCCGGUGUUCCACCAAGUGGAACGGCUCUGCAAAAGACCAAAUCUGCGCAUAGUAUCAGACCCGCCAGACCACAGCCAGGUGUGCCCAUAACGAUUCAGAAAAUCGAAGGUGAUAAGAUUAUUAUUAUCAAAAAGAUACAAAUCCCGAAGAAUAGUAAAGUACCUGAAAACUUCAUACCAAAGGUUGGUUGUGUCUUGUCUGUCCUGACUGUUCUUGUUGUGUUGUAUAGACGAAUUUUGUUUGAUUUGGUUGUUGAUUGUGUCGCCGUCGGUUGA